AUGUUCCGCGCGGGCGUGUCGGGCGUGGACGGCGGCCCCCCAGGCCGCGCGCAGGUGGUGCACCACCCGGCGCGCGCGAGUGGUCUGGCGCAGUAUCCCAUGUACCAGGAGCCGCCGGUCCAGGAUAUUACCGUGGAGGAGUUUGAGCAGUGGGCGCUUGACCGGCUGCGGGUGCUGGCCGAUAUUGAGACGGCGGCCGCGCGCAACCAGUCGUGGCCGGAGACCAAGGCGGCGAUCGAGGCGCGCUCGUCGGCGCACCUGCCGCUGCACUCGAACUCGGUGGCGCAGUCGGGCACGGCGAGUGGUGCGGCGGCGAAGACGCAGGAGCUGCUCGCCGAGCGGCGCAAGGACCAUGUAUCGCACUUUGUGCUGCGCCUGGCGUUCUCGCGCACGGAGGAGCUGCGGCGGCGCUUCUUGCAUGCCGAGACGACGCUCUUCCGCUGGAAGUGGGAGACGGAGCACCUCGCGGAGCGCGAGGCGUUCCUGCGCUCUCAGGACUUUGUGUGGCGCGCUGUGCCGGCGGAGCAGCAGCAGCGCUUCCGCGAGCAGCUCCUUGCUGUGCACCCCCGCAUGGCCGCGACCUUUGAUUCCGAGUCGUUCGUGCAGGUGCCGUGGCACCGCGUGCCGGACCUGGUCGAGAAGCGCCGUGUGUUUGUGCACCACGGCACGGCGUGGAUCCCCACGAAGGAGCAGGCGAGUCUUGUGCUGGCCGAGUUCCAGAGCGGCCUGCAGGCGCAGCUCGAGCUGACCGCGCGUGCGCUGCCGCGGCUCGACGAGGACGACCGGCUGAUGCCGGUGCUCGAGCACCUGAGCAUGGGCUCGAUGCUCGGUGCGACGUCUGACUACAGUAGCGCCUCGCUCGUGAACACAGACGGCGAGGCGAUCACGCUGACGGCGGACAUGGUCGUGCCGCUCGUGCGCGAGCACGCGCCGCUGUGCAUGCGCCAUCUGCAGGAGACGCUCUCGGCCAAGCACCACUUGCUGCACCAGUCGCGUCUGCAGUACAAUCUGUUCCUCAAGGAGCUGGGCCUCCCCGUCGAGGAGGCGCUCGUGUUCUGGCGCCGCUCGUUUAGCCAGAUGACCGACGACCAGUUCAAGUCGCACCGCUACAACAUCCGCCAUGGCUAUGGUCUCGAGGGCGGCCGGCACAACUACCCUGCGCGCAGCUGCACGACGAUCAUUAGUGGCUUCCCGCCGGGGCCACAGGAAACGCACGGGUGCCCGUUCCGCCACUUUUCGCAGGCGAACCUGUCGGCGGCGCUGAGCGCGCACUACCAGAUCUCGCCGGCCGACCAGGCCGAGAUAUUGGCGAGCGUGCAGGCGGGGCACUACCAUGUGGCGUGCACGCGCGUGUUCGAGCUGACGCACGCGGCGCAGGGCGUGCGCCGCGGCGACGGGCUCGGCCAUGGCGAGAGUGUGUCGCAUCCAAAUCGCUAUGCGGAGGCGAGCUGGCAGCUGGCGCAGGCAGCGGCUACGGACGCGAGUCGCGCGUAG